AUGGCCUCCGAAGAACGACAACGCUGGCUCCCUCUCGAAUCCAACCCCGAGUCGUUCAACGCGUGGUCCCACUCGCUCGGACUGGACACGAGCCAGUACUCGUUCCAGGACUGCUACGCACUCGACGCCGAGCUGUUGGGCUCGGUCAAGCAACCGGUCAAGGUGCAGCGGUGCGGACACCACAUUCGAUCAACAGUAGACACUCGGCACUGACAAUGCGCUGUGAUGAUCCCCAGGCCGUGAUCCUCUUGUUCCCCAUCACCGAGGCCUACGAAAAGGCCCGACUCGAGGAAGAUGCCCGCAUCGAGGAGGACGGCGUAGAGCAGGUCGCCGACAUCAUCUACUUCAAGCAGACGAUCGCGAACGCGUGUGGGACAUUCGGCUUGCUGCACGCCUUGGCGAAUGCGGGCGUGCCGCUUGGUUCGUUCUUGCGCGCGCACUCGACGUCCAGAUCUCCCCCCCCCCCCCCCCCACAUGACUGACAUCGACGAGGCUGGCGUUGACAUCUCCGACAGAACCAGGGUAUUUGACAAAGCUGUUUGAGCAAUGCAAAGACAAGGUUAGUAGCGCGUGACCUGUUUCUUCCGAGGUGAGCUGAAAACUGAUCCAUCUUUUCCCUCUCCCAUCCCGAAAUCUCAGACCCCCCUUGAACGAGCCCAGCUCUUGACCGCGACCGACGAGCUCGAGCGGGUGCACACCGAAACUGCUUCGAGCGGUCAAACGGCUGCAAGUCCUUCCAGUAAUCCGAUCCUGGUCCAGAACUUCAUCUUACUAUUUCUCUCUACAAUCAAUCUUCCACCACAGACCCCCGACCUCGACACUCAAGUCGACCUGCAUUUCUGCACCUUUGUCGAACACAAGGGCAACCUCAUCGAACUCGACGGACGAAGGAACUCGCCUAUAAAUCGAGGCAAGAUCACCAGGAACCUGCUACAGGUAUGUUUUCAAGCUUGUUUGGAUCAUAAGCAUGUAAGCUUUCUGCUGAAUAUCGUUGGUCUACUAUGCUGUGGUGUCAGGACACCGCCGUGAGGGUGAAGAAGAUCAUCGAGCUGUCAAACUCGCUCGAGUUCAACCUCAUCACCCUCAACCCGACACCGGAGGACUAA